AUGGAGUCCUCCGCCGCCGCCGCACAGGGAAAUGUAAUGCAGGAGAGCAGUCCAACACUGAUCCUACAACCAACACCCCCUCAACAACCACAGCCAAAUACCACAGGCAGACCUCCACUCCUCACACGAAGGCUUUCUUUACUCAAUCAACAUGCCCCAAUGGAACGAGUCGGUAGCGAAGCAAACCUGAUGAUGAUCCGAAAGAAUAAGCAUCAUAGUACGGGAUCAAGUCUUAUUAUUAAUUCAACUCAAGUAGCAUGUACAACAAGCACACCGUCCUGUUCUUCUUCACCUCAAUCGCCAACGACCUCUCCCACCUCUCCAACUCAUAACCAUUGUAACAAUAUCAAUUAUAGUAUUAUUAAGAAUACUAAUACUAAUAAUAGUUCUGCAACGAAUGGAACAACAGUUUCCUUUUCGUUCAAGAACGGAAACAACCAAAACUCCACACCGUUGCCUACAUCUUCACCAAGAGGAAACUCUGUGAGUUUUUCCUUACCUCAGACAAAAGCUACGACGGCUUCCACAUCUUCUGUCUCAAACGACUCUUGCUCACUUCCACCUUUGGUCCCACCACCUCGAAGUUCGUCUCUUCCUCCACUCCAACUGAAUCCAUUAACUGCGAAUUCAUUCUCAAACUCUUUAUUGGAGACUUUGAAUAGUAGUGGAGCGAGCGGUGAAGAGAAUGAAGGGUCACCCUCCUCCCCGUCCUCAAUCUCAAGCACGAACAGCUCCUCCUUGUCAGUUUCGAGUCAAGAGCUAACCUUUGUGAAUCGAAGACGAUCCUCGGGUUCCUUUGGUUUGGUGAUGGAACAAUUGUCAUCGAGAGGUUCUCCUAUUUCGCCUCAUCUUCAGCAACAUGAAUUGCAUGGAAGGACCAGAAUGAGGAUUGAUUUGGAAAACACUUCUUUGACAUCACCAAUGCAAACACCAGACAAGAAACUCCCACUUUCAAGGUUGUUGCAUCGCAGAAACUCAUUUGCAAUGAAUGGAGUGGUGCCCUCUCCUGGAUCUCAAUCGCCUCCUAGUUCAUCAACAACACCUUCGUCAUCUUCUGUGUCUGUUACGAACGGAGGUACUAGUCACAAUAAUGUAUCACCAAGAAAUUCAGCGACACUUCUGCAUCCUCAUUCACAGCAAUUACAUGUAUCAAAGAGCGAUUCUGAGAUUGCGCAUUCGGUCAGUGACCUGCCUUCUCCCACCACCCAUUCGAAAGACCAUUCAGAGAGGCUCCCCAUACUUGUUCAUCAUCACUCCCUACGCAUUAAGGAAGAGAAAGAUUUCUCUAGCAUUUUUUGCGAGAACGAACAAGCCAUGAAAGAUAUGGAACAAUUUUCACCUCAACAAGGGUCACCACGUCUUAAUUCUUCAAGAAAUUCUGUUGUGACCAGCAUUUCAUCUCCGAGAAAUUCUCAAGUAGCCACGAACAAUCAAUCACCCUCUUCGGCCAAACCAAAGAAACCUUCAUUGGAUAGACUUAUUGAAUCGUUCUCUGAAAUACAAGAUCAAAAGAAAGAGCUCAAGAAAGAUCCUCUAUUUCAACAACACAUGAAAGAGUUUUCAACACAUGUUCGAGCCUACAACACACGAUGUAUUUUAAGUGAACAGGAAAUUCUGGAAUUUAUCAGUGAUCAACGAGAUUUUCCUGAUGAAUUGGAUCCCAACAUUCUCUCAAAAGCAAGUAACAAGGAUGUAAAAUGGUACGUCACAACUCUGGGAGAAAAAACUGUGAAUAUGCUCUGUGAAUGGAAGUAUCGCCUCAAUUACUUGGAAAGCGAAUGCAAGGAUAUGAAAAAUUUCUCAGAAGUGAAACAAAAGAUUGAACAAAAUAUUAAGCGAAUGAAAGAAACAUUGGGAAGUUUGGCAGCAACAACGGCAGCAGAACACCUGUCGGAAAAUGAAUCUAUUUUCAAAGAAUCGAAAGAUGGUGAGAGUACCAAGCAAUCAACUGCCUUGCCUUUGAAGAAAGGAAGGUCUAAAUCGUUGAUUUCCAAUAUUUCAUACAAUUCAAAGCAAAAGAACACACUGUGA